AUGAUACCCACUUUCGUCGUGCUCUGUAUAGUGGUGGCCAACAUUCUACCUUUGAUCAGUCUUUGCUCCAAAAACAAGGCAGAAGAGGAUACUGUAGGACGAAGGAGACAUGCGGGAAAGAACAAGACCACUCGCGACAGCUCUGAGAGUGAAACAUCCGGCAGCGAAAGUUGCACCAGUGACAGCAGAUCGAUUGCAGGAGGGGGACCAGCUUAUCUACAGGAUGACUAUUUCGACUUACCUGGAGAACGUGCUGCACCACAAUAUCCUGCGGCUCCUCGUCCUAAACCAGCUCAACCAGUCAACUUCAAACCAGCGGUUGCCAAUAAAUUUUAUCCCUCCAGGCCAGCAGUUGUUAAUCAGCAAAUUCCUCCCAGACCUACAACGGCCCCGGCCGUUUCCAAACCAGCUAUACCGAGGCCAGCUUUUGCUUCACAACCAGUAGCUCGCCCACCACAGAAUCUACCUAAGCCAGCUCCGCUACAGCCUGCCCCCAGACCUGCAUUCGUUCCACGAGCGGUGGCCCCCAAACCAGCGGCCGUUGCCCCAUAUACGUAUCCUGCGCAGGCGAAUGUUCAGCCCUUUGUAGGUCCUAGACCUCCAUUCGUCAAUAACCAGCAAUUUCCAAACCAGUGGCCGUAUUACUAG